AAUGAGUCACUAUACAUAUAGUAUACUCUUAAAACUCUUUCAAGACUUCGGAUUUGCAAACGAGGAACUACUAAAAGAUUUAUGGAUAUUUAGAUAUAGUGCAGAUUUUAUUCUAGCACGGUGUGAAAUGAUUAGAAAAUAUAAAAUUGUCAAUAUCCGGACUUGGAUGAUUCGAUGUCCAGAAGAAACCCUUUUAAAGCACAUCAGGCGCGAAAUGGAAAAUAAAGAUAUAUUGGGAGAAUACUCAGUUACUGAAUAUCUUUCUAACAAACUGGAAUGUAGCGAAAAUGUUGCUAAAUAUUUAAUAAGAAAACAUCCACAAUUACAAACCAGAAGUAUCUUGAAGUUAAGGGAAACAAUUGAUUUUUUAUAUAAACAUGGUUUUACCUCAACCCACAUUUGUAGAGUAUCAAAAAUCCUUUUACACAGUAAGAAGACUACAGAAAAACGAAUUAAGAGCCUUGCUACUUUAGGAGUAAAAUCUGUAAGUUUAUAUAUUUUAACUAAAAGCCAAAAACAAUAUGAAGAACAUAUAGACAACUUACUCAAAAGUAAAUGAGGCUCUGUUGAAUACAAUAACAAGGAUAAAUAAAUAUGAAUUUUAAAA